GAUGAGGAUGUCCGCAGCUUGCGAGGAAGAUUUAAAGAUUUCACAGCUACUGGAUUUUUUUUUUGGUACACAGGGAAUGGCUGCUAAAAAUAGCCCGCAUGCUGAUGAGGCUACAAUGAACAGGUUGGUGUUCAGCUGAAACUUGGAGCCAUGGGGAAAGAUGCCUUGUUGUAGUGCAUUCUAAAUCACAGCUGAGACAAACUGAGGUGGGGGCUCGAGGAAAAGGAAACAAAAAAGACCAUUUCUUUAAUUGGACGAAUUUAUUCACAUCCGAAUAAUUCACUUGGGGAGAAAAGAGACCAACAGGCAGAUAUUGGAAGCAGCUUGUUGAUGGCACUGCGCACCGGGAGGACUUCGUUUGGGCAGGUCUUGCGCAGGGUCUUUCGGCUGCAGGGCACCUGGUCCAGGCGCUCCAGCAGUCUUUUGUGUCUCUCCGCAAACCAGGAGCAGGAUCUGGGGGUCUGCCACCGGGACCACUACAAGGUGGGUGAUUUCCACAGCUGCCACCGCGGUCACCGGAGCGCGCCUUUCUGCGCCUCCGCCUCCAGGCGCUGCCCACACGGCUUCCCCGACGCUUGCUGCGCCUUCCCGGGGAAUCCGAGGGGACAUGAGCCCCUCGGUCGCCGGUUCCUGUUGGCCAUGAAGCGGCAAAACGUGCGGACCUUGUCCCUGAUCAUUUGCACGUUCACGUACCUGCUCGUCGGGGCCGCUGUCUUUGACGCCCUGGAGUCCGACCACGAGAUGCGGGAAAAGGAGCAGCUGGAAGCCCAGGAGAAGCGUCUCCAGGGGAAAUAUAACAUCAGCGAGGAUGAUUACCGCAAGCUGGAGACCAUCAUCAUGGAGGCAGAGCCCCACAGAGCCGGGGUGCAGUGGAAAUUUGCAGGGUCAUUUUACUUUGCCAUCACGGUCAUAACCACCAUAGGCUACGGGCACGCGGCGCCGGGGACCGACGCCGGGAAGGCCUUCUGCAUGUUUUACGCCGUCCUGGGAAUCCCUCUGACGCUGGUCAUGUUCCAAAGUCUGGGCGAGAGGAUGAACACUUUUGUCAAGUACCUCCUGAAGCGAAUCAAGAAGUGCUGCGGCAUGAGCAUCACCGACGUGUCCAUGGAGAACAUGGUGACCGUGGGGUUCUUCUCCUGCAUCGGCACGCUGUGCAUCGGCGCCGCCGCCUUCUCCCACUACGAGGACUGGAGCUUCUUCCAGUCCUACUACUACUGCUUCAUCACGUUGACAACGAUCGGCUUCGGGGACUUCGUGGCCCUCCAAAAGAACCGGGCCCUGCAGAAGAAGCCCCUGUACGUGGCCUUCAGCUUCAUGUACAUCCUGGUGGGCCUGACGGUCAUCGGGGCCUUCCUCAACCUGGUGGUCCUCCGCUUCCUGACCAUGAACAGCGAGGACGAGCGGCGCGACGCCGAGGAGCGCGCCUCGCUGGCCGGCAACCGCAACAGCAUGAUCAUCCACAUCCAGGACGAGUCGCUGCAGGGGGGCCGGCGGCGGCGGGGCGGGGGCGGGGGCGGGAGCCGGGGGCGCGGAAGGCCGUACCGGCCGGAGGUGGGCGACCUGCAGUCGGUCUGCUCCUGCAUGCACUACCGCUCGCGCGACUUGGGCAGCUCCGGCGGCGGCGGCGGGGGCGGGGGGGGGACGGGCGCCCUCGGCUGCGCCUUCUCCCACCAGAACUCGUUCAGCUCGCAGCUGAACCCCGGCCAGUACUUUCACUCGGUCUCCUACCGGAUCGAGGAGAUCUCGCCCAGCACCUUGAAAAACAGCUUCUUCCCGUCGCCCGUCAGCUCGGUGUCGCCGGGCCUCCGCAGCUUCACCGACAGCCACCAGCUGAUGAAGAGGAGGAAAUCCAUCUGAGGAGGACAAACGAGGCGCCAUGUUUUAUACACGAGGUCAAAACAUUUCCAACGCUGCUCCUCCUCGUCUCUUUCAGCACUUUUUUUUUUUUU